UUGCGCUGCAGCACUCCACAGGCACAGACUGCUUUCCUUGGCUACAAUCGCGCUGCCUUUCUGGUGCAUCGCCACUAUGUGCGUUGCGCUUAUUUAGUAACAGCCACCGACGUAUUUUACACACUAGCGACAUACACCCGGACGUGGUUGGCGUCGUAAAGGGCCGACAGCACGAGAAGCACUCGUAUUGUUUUAAGGCUCCACAUAGCCAACCGAGAACAUCGUAGCCGUGUUAGCAUCUAGCUAAACCGCCACCGUCUUCUUCUUCAAGGCGCUUUGUAGUCACGGCAGGCCAGUGCGGAGGAAAUGAAGGACAAACAAAAGAGAAAGAAGGAAAGGACCUGGGCUGAGGCGGCUCGCAUGGUGCUGGAGAACUUCUCAGAUGCUCCAAUGACCCCGAAACAAAUUCUUCAUGUCAUUCAGACCAAGGGGCUGAAGGAAAUGCGAAGUGGUACAGCACCUUUGGCCUGCCUGGUGACAAUGCUUCACUCCCAGGUGAGGGGAGAUCGGGUAAAGAACAGCAUCUUCUUUAAGUUACCUGGACGGAUGAGCCUAUUCACUCUAAAGAAGAAUGCCCUGCAGUGGACAAAGACUUCAGAAUCAGAAACACCAUCUGAGCUGGUGAGCAGUGCUGCUACCCCGACCUCCAGCAACACCACCCUCACAGAGGGUGCAGCAGUUGGCCCCAUUGAGACAACUGAGCAGGAAAGCUGCAACUCCACAGAGACCACCGCCUCCAAUUCGGCCUUGGCCGAUGAAACUUCCUCCAGUGUUACCGUCUCCACGGAGCUCCAGUCUGUCAGCCAGCCUCAGACCCGCCUCAGCAGAGCAGCAGGAUUGCAGGGACGGACUGACAGUCAGCAGGUCCAACAUGUUCAGCACACCCAGACCAGACUGAGCCGUUCCCGACAGUCAGGGCGGCAGCGGAAGAAAGCAGUCAUGAUGCCACGUGUUGUCCUCACUCCUCUUAAAGUCAAUGGAGAGCAUGUACCCCCAGGACCGAUGAAGCGCAGCCGGGGAGGGGUAGAUGUGGACUUUGAAACACCAGGGUCUAUUCUUGUCAACACCAACAUAAGGGCUCUCAUUAACGUGAGAACCUUCUCAGCCUUCCCAGCCCAGUCACAACAGCAGCUACUCCAACUUCUGCCAGAAGUGGACCGCCAGAUUGGACCAGAUGGAAUGGCCAGACUGAGCAGUUCGGCCCUCAACAAUGAGUUCUUUACACAUGCCUCCCAAAGUUGGAAAGAGAGGUUAGCUGAAGGAGAGUUCACUCAUGAGAUGCAGGUGCGAUUCCGGCAGGAAAUGGAGAAAGAGAAGAAGGUUGAGGCUUGGAAGGAAAAGUUUUUUGAGGAGUACCAUGGACAGAAGUCUGGCCUGACAAAAGAGGAAUCUCUCAAGCUCACAAUGAGUGAUGCGAGUGAAGUUGCAGCAACUGUCCUGGACAGUGACAGCGUCUCCGUGGUGUCAACCGGUGUGCCCAAGAGACGCAGUGUAGGUCGGCGGAGGAGAGAUGGUAGGAUGAGGAGACGCACCCGAGCUGAUCUGCGCCGCAGGGCACGUCGGACCCUCUGCAAAACCAGCUCUCCAGUCCUACAGUCUGCAGAAGCUGCUGAGAACGCUGCUUCUCUGGAAACCUCGACGGUCUCUAUUGGUUCUCCAAUGUCAGAAAGUACGGUUAUUCAAGGGGAGGUGGUGCUCCAGGCUGAAUGUGACGAGGAGCUUCCACCAGACAACGUAUCCAUUGAGCCAAAGACUCCCAUUCCUGAACCAGUCCUACUGCCAGCCCCAACUCCAACACCUAUUCCCAGCCCAGCAUCCACCAGCGAUGACAAAGAACCAAACAUUUCAGGCUGUCUGCUCCCCGAAGAGGUUGCACCUGUAUUAGCGUCCACCUCAUCCUCAUCGUCGUCGUCUUCCUCCUCUGACUCGUCACCUUCGUCCUCACCUUCCUCAGCUUCUGAUCAACAGGGAGCAUUUACCACUGGCCUGGACUCUUCAUCCUCCUCUUCAGUGUCGUCUGGUGCCGCUGUCACUACGGAUCACCUGGAUGACACUGCGUCUGCGGUCACCUCAGUCACAGGGGGAACUGCCACCAGCAGCCGGGAAAGCAGCCCCUCAGAUAGCCCAGCAGGCACCCCUGCACCCAGCGCUCAGCACAAGGAACAGAAGAGAAGGCCCGACGAGACACGGGCCUUCUCCAGCUUCCCCGAAAAGAGGCCACGGUUGAAUGACCAGCAGUCCUUUCGUACCACAAUUGACAGGGUCCAUUCAGAGAAACCGCAGCCGACAACGGAGGAACCCAAGGUGCCUCCAAUCCGGAUUCAACUGUCCAGAAUCAAACCGCCCUGGAUCAAAGGGCACCCCACCUACCAGAUCUGUCCCCGCAUCGUGCCCCCUGGAGAGGCCUCGCGGAGGUCGGGGUCGGGGGGCGCGAGGACGCUCGCAGACAUCAAAGCCCGCGCGCAGCAAGCCCGUGCCCAGCGGGAAGCCGCUGCUGCUGUUGCAGCCUCUGCCGACGGGCCAGGGCCGAACAGGGUCCGGUUGCGGCCUGCUGCUGGGUUACCGGAUAGCAACAGUGGACAGAGAGCACAAGAACAUCCAGGGCCGAUUGAGCCAGGAGGAGGAAGUGGAAGAAGGGGAGGUGGUGGGACACAGGAGCAGGGAAAGACUUGUGAAACGAAUUCAUCUGGAACACAGCUACAGCGUCCCAAUGUAGAAGGCAAAUCCCUGCCUUUGCCAACACCCCCUGCUACCUCAACCUCUGUGUUCUCGGAGCACCCACAGACACCAAGUCCUCCUCAAAAAGGGGUGGGAAGGAUUCCUGUGGCCGAGGAAGCAUUCAUCCCAACAUCAUCCAGUGUUCAAACCCGUUCCGACAGACCUGCGGGGCCAGCAACAGACCCCCCGUCUCAAGAGACUGACACAGUGGCAAAUUAUGCCAUUUCACCGCUCGAUAGACCAAACAAGAUUGCAGCUUCUGAUACUUCCCCCUCAGAGAGGCUCGAGCCAGCAAGGGAAAAAAGGCUACUUGCUCCAACCUCCAUCCCAGAUUCUCUUCCCAGGUUUGGGGCUCAGGGUGUGGUUGUCCAAAAGCUGGUCAGAUCUGUGACGCCUGUGGAGCUUAAACACGAGAAAGAGAGAGGCUUAGGUAGUGUAAUUAAACACGUUUCUCAUCACGAGGAUUCCCAGGACACUGACACGGACUCCGCCACAACACAACAAGCAGAAGCAUCAUCGCCUCAUGUGGACUACUCAGGCAGGGAUGAUGAGGCUGGGACUCAUAGUGAUUCUACAGAAACCGCUUCAGACUGUGAGACUGAGAGCCAGGUGGAUGAGCAGCAGCCUGACCAAGAUUGGUGUUCCCAGAUGAGAGGCCACAGAAAGUUGCAGGAGACCAUUUGUAGCCCCCCACGGAACCACCAGCCAGUCAUCCAAGCCCAUGAGUCCAGUUGCUUUGGUCAAACAGUCAUUCAGCCUUGCUUUCCCAACGGUAUGACUCAUGCUCCACAAAGCCAGACCUUUUCCCAAGAUCGGCCAUCUCAGAACAACAUUGUUGUGAAAGUUGAACAAGUGGAUGAUUGCCAAAGCACCAGACAGGGUUCUGCUGAAGAUGGGUAUAAUGGACAGAUUAAGGCCUCAAGCUAUCCUUCAAGUAUUUCUGGAACCUCAAAGAAAGUGUCCACUUCCACUAGACAAGUGUCCAGUGUGGAAGCCAACAACCCUUUAGUGACCCAGCUUCUGCAAGGUAGCCUUCCCCUGGAUAAAGUUCUACCCCCACACUCUGCCGACAGGCUAGAAAUCAGCCGAUCGGUAGGACCCCAGCGAAGACCCUGCAACAGGGCCGAAACGGGAGCUCAGUUACCUAACUCUGAAGGAACCGUUGCCUCUCAAGUCAAGUCGCAGAAAAGCUACCCGGUGUCAUGUUUAAUGGCGACUCCAACUACAUCACAGUAUCAAUCCCAGCAAGCUUCUGGAGCUGUCCCGGUCAUCACCUCACCGCCGUUCACUACGGCCUCCUCCAUCACCUCUAACCAUAUUGUUGAGAUGACAAUUAUCAAAGAGUCAUCUGUCCGUCAGCCAUCACAAGGAGCUAUUCCAGAUAGGAGUCAGUCUGCUCAGAGGACCAUACUGAAUGGCCCAUCUCCACCUCAUGCGGACCCCUGUCCCACAGAAGUUGUGCCUCGUCUUAAAAUCAACUGGCGAUCCCCCCAGUCACAGAUUGCUCUUGCCAACCAACAAGAGCCAGCCCCUGCUCCCAAUGUAAAGACUGAAGUUGGUUCAAAGCCUUCUUGCCAGGCAAUUGCUAAAGCAUCUGUUGUUGUUACCAAGAAAGAGCCUGUGAGUUCUGUGGAUGGAUACCCCAGUGGAGGAGCGAUGGAGGGACUGCUUAAUAUGGAAAUGAAUUUGUCUCGGAUGGCCAAAAAUGAGCUCAGCAAAGCUCCGUACUCCUCCAGUUAUCACUCGUCGUCCUCCUCCCUCCCCUUCCAGCUCUAUGGAAAAAUCUCCAAGCAGGGUGGGGGUCUCGGAGGUGUCAGUUACACCGCCAAUGUAUCCGUCAUGGACAAUAGCAGCUUUUCCCGAAACAUGACCGACGGCGUGCUGCAGCUGCGGCCUCGGUUGGCCUCCAGCCAGGCCACGCUCAGCAUCCAGACCUUUACUGACAGUACGGCCGAAGAGGUGUCGCUCAAGUGCUCCUGUCGCCUCAAAGCCAUGAUCAUGUGCCAGGGCUGUGGGGCCUUCUGCCAUGAUGAUUGCAUUGGGCCCUCCAAGCUCUGUGUGUCUUGUCUGGUGGUGAGAUAAUGUCAAAGAGCUGCAGUUACCUUGGCAGUCUCUCGGGUAGGCUGAAGUCCACUAAAGUGGUCGGACAGGCAAGAUUUGCCUUGUAUAUUAUUACUUGGCUGUUUGUUUUUUUUUUUUUGCACAUUUUCAGAUGUUCUUUUUAGCUGUAAUUAUAUAUUAUUGAUAUUCUUUUUAUUGACUAUUAAUAUUAUUAUUUUGAGGCAUGGUUAUUUGCUAACAUUUUGGUUAUCACGCCUCAAAAACAUUUACCUCAUCAUGUUCCACCAGUCAUUAUUAGGUGGCCAUUGUUUUUUUUGUUCCAUGUUGUCUGUGCAAAGAAAUAUUUUUUUAACCAUUAAAGGAGUAAAGAACAGUA